AUGACGAAUAAUGAUACAUCAAUUGAACAUGAUAUAUCAUCUAUAAUUGCUUCAAUCGAUACAAAAGUAUCAUCAUUAUUCAGUCAAUUGCUUUCUACUAAUCUAUUAUUAUCAAUAAAAUCUAAUUCUGAUCAAACACUUUUUCUUCAUAAACCAAAUCGUCUUGUUUAUAGUAAAAAACUUGAUUCGAAUGAUAAUAAUCAUCUUAUUAAACCAAUUAAUUUUGAACAUGAAACAAAAUGUUUAAAUAUAUUACAAACAAAUAUUGAUCAACAUAUUGAAAAACAAAGAACAAUACUCGAUACAAUUUCACAUCAGUUUAAAAAUGUUAUGAUUGUCUAA